AUGGCACCCUGCCCGGAGGCUGAGGUGAAGAUCGGCGGUGUGGGAGUGAGGUGUUUGCUGGACAGCGGGUCGCAGGUGUCACUCAUUACCGAGAGCUUCUUCAGGAGGCGGUUUGGCCUGGCGGGAGAGCUAGUUGAUCUGCCGUGGCUUAGGGUGAUGGCGGCCAAUGGCCUGGAAGUUCCCUACUUGGGAUACAUCGAGCUGGAUGUCGAGGCCUGUGGGCAGGUGUUUCCGCAGAUGAGGGCGGGGCACGUGGAAGCGGCAAUCGCUAAUUUGAGUGAAGAGGAGGCUGUGUUGAACCCUAAAUCAAGGCCUGAGGUGAAGCGUCACCUGGAGGGUUGGGUGGAAAAGGGGAUCAUUCGCCCAAGUUCCAGCCCGUACGCCUUCCAGCUGGUGAUGGCAAGGAAGAAGGACCAGAGCCUGAGGCUGUGUGUGGACUUCAAACUCUUGAACAAGAAGAUGCUGAGGGAUGCGUACCCCCUACCCAGAGUGGAAGAGGCGCUUGAGGCACUGAAGGGGGCGAGGUACUUCAGUUCGAUGGAUUUAGUAUCUGGAUACCUACAGUAUGCUAUGGACGAAAAGGACAUCCCGAAGACAGCAUUCAUGGCAGGAACUGGGGACCUGUGGAAAUAUUACAAGGAUGCCCUUUGGCCUGGUAUCGCCUCUCCCCUUCAUGCCCUUAUGGGGAAGCCGACGACGUCCAAGAAAAAGAAGAAGAAGAGAGUACCAGUGCCGGUAAAAGAUGGGCGAAGCUUCUCAGAGUGUUGGGAUGAGAAUUGUCAGAUGGGGUUCGACAAGAUCAAGGAGUUGCUAACUACUGCGCCAAUCUUGGGUUAUCCGGACUUCAGUCUGCCCUUUAGGGUAGAGACCGAUGCUAGCUUUAGAGGGCUCGGGGCUGUGUUGUCCCAGGAGGAGCAGGGAAAGCAGAGGGUGAUCUGCUAUGCAAUUACGAAAUCUCCAGAGGAAAGACCCGUCACUGGGGAGACUCAGGGCACUGUGGGACCAGGAACAGAGACCAUCCAGGAGGCAGGCAAUCAUAACCAAGGUGUCGAGCGCAUGCUUGCGCUGGUGCGGAAACGGUGCUGCUGACCAGGCAUGGCAGUCCAGACGCACUACUGGUGUCGAGACUGUGAACGGUGCCAGAUGGCUAAGGCACCAGCACAGAAGGUGCGACCCAUCAUGGGAAGCUUGUUGGCGAAGAGGCCAAUGGAAGUGUUGUCGGUCGACUUUAUGAUCCUAGACAAAGCCAGCGAUGGACGAGAAAAUGUGCUGGUGAUGACGGACGUCUUCACCAAGUUCGUCCAGGCGGUCCCCACCAGGGACCAGAAGGCAAGGACUGUGGCCAAGGUCUUGGUGAAGGACUGGUUUGUGCGAUACGGGGUGCCAACGAGGAUCCACAGUGAUCAGGCGUGCAACUUUGAGAGUGCCUUGAUCCGGGAGUUAUGUGCCGUCUACGGUGUCGAAAAGUCCCGCACUACGCCAUACCACCCUCAAGGGAAUGGCCAGUGCGAGCGCUUCAACAGGACGAUGCACGACCGGCUGAGGACGCUGAUGCCGGAAAAGAAGAAGAGAUGGCCCGAGCAUCUGCCGGAGUUGGUGUAUUCGUACAACGCGACGAUACACUCCUCAACGGGUUAUUCCCCGUACUUUCUCAUGUUUGGGCAGGAUCCACGGUUGCCCAUUGAUUCCCUCCUGUGA